ACAAAGAUGGCGGCCGCGCCGGGGUUGGUGGCCGGGGCGGCUGCGGGCCGACGCGCGGGCCAGGCCCACUGAGGCAGCCGCACGGUGGGCAGGCUGCGGGGUCGCCGCGGCAGUGAGAAGCCGGCGAGGGCGCGCGGCGACCCUAACUUCCAGCCGGCGAGCGCGCCGGCACCCGCCCGCCGGGCCGGCCGGCCGUGAUGUCCGGCGCCGAGGAGGCCGGCGGGGGUGGCCCGGCUGCAGGGCCCGCGGGUGCCGUGCCGGCCGGGGUCGGGGUAGGGGCCGGGCCCGCCGCGGGGCCGGCUGCGGCGGCUCUGGGCGAGGCGGCGGGGCCCGGGAUCCCGGACGAGGCGGCCCUGGCCGGUGCUCGGCAGCUGCAAGAGGCGGCCGGCGACCCCGACGCGCCGCCCAAGAAGCGGCUGCGGGCGGCCGAGGCAGCCGAGGCGGCGGCGGCGGCGGUGGCAGCGGGCAGUGGAAAGCUGGAGGAGCGUCUCUACUCGGUGCUGUGCUGCACCGUGUGCCUGGACCUGCCCAAGGCUUCCGUGUACCAGUGUACUAACGGUCACUUGAUGUGCGCUGGCUGUUUUAUCCACCUACUAGCAGAUGCCCGGCUGAAGGAGGAGCAGGCCACAUGUCCCAACUGUCGUUGUGAGAUCAGUAAGAGCCUCUGUUGCCGGAACCUGGCUGUGGAGAAAGCUGUGAGCGAGCUGCCUUCAGAGUGUGGCUUCUGUCUGCGUCAGUUCCCUCGCUCCCUCCUAGAGAGGCACCAGAAAGAGGAAUGCCAGGACAGGGUGACACAGUGCAAGUACAAGCGUAUUGGCUGCCCGUGGCAUGGCCCUUUCCAUGAGCUGACAGUGCAUGAGGCUGCGUGUGCUCACCCGACCAAGACAGGCAACGAGCUGAUGGAGAUCCUCGAUGAGAUGGACCAGAGCCACCGCAAGGAGAUGCAGCUCUACAACAGCAUCUUCAGCCUGCUCAGCUUUGAGAAGAUCGGCUACACAGAAGUUCAGUUCCGGCCUUAUCGCACUGACGACUUCAUCACACGCCUGUACUAUGAAACACCACGGUUCACAGUACUGAACCAGACAUGGGUCCUGAAGGCUCGUGUGAAUGACUCGGAGCGCAACCCCAACCUGUCGUGCAAGCGCACACUUUCCUUCCAGCUACUCCUCAAGAGCAAGGUCACAGCACCCCUGGAAUGCUCUUUUCUUCUGCUCAAGGGCCCAUACGACGACGUGAGGAUCAGCCCUGUCAUCUACCACUUUGUCUUCACCAAUGAGAGCAAUGAGACAGACUAUGUGCCGCUGCCCAUCAUCGACUCUGUGGAGUGCAACAAGCUGCUGGCCGCCAAGAACAUUAACCUGCGGCUCUUCCUGUUCCAAAUACAGAAGUAAGAUGGACCCGGGCACCUGAGAAGCAGAGGGCUGCAGUCCAGUAGUGCUGUCCCACCCAUCCCUGGCUUGGCAGCAGCUUCACACAACCGUAUGAUCACUUUAGCAAAGGAGGAGAACAAACACAAUCAAACACUGAGAAAGUCUGCAUGCGUGUGCAACGGGGUCCCUGCCUCUGGCUCACCUUCCUCCCCCUGCCUCCCACCUGCAGGCAGCCAGAGGCUGAGCUGACCACAGUGGAGACAGCACUCGGGGCUCCUCAGGUCCAGGCGGUGACGAGGGCAAGAAGCCACCCUUAUCCCAGCUCCCAUCCUCACAUCGAGGUGGCACGGUGGUUCCCUGGCCGGGCUCAGGGGCCCUGGCUGACUUCAGACAGCAUAUUUGAUUGCAAUUAAAAAGGCAGCCUUGUUUCCUA